UGACUGUGGGUUGGAUCUAGCUUAGAAGUCAUGAAUUCACAUAAAUCAAUUACUUUGUUUCAAAUUCUGUAUAUGUAUUUACAAAAAUCUGUAAUAAUAACACGUUGCAGAUACGUAAAGCUAAAGUGAAAAUCCAAGCAGUGGAUUCUCAUGGCCAACCAUUACCAAACGCAACGGUCUCCCUGGCACAACAGAAGAACAAUUUCCCAUUUGGCAAUGCAAUAAGCCAACAUAUCCUCAACAAUAAAGCCUAUCAAGAUUGGUUUACAUCACGAUUCAAGUACACGGUUUUCGAGAAUGAAAUGAAAUGGUAUGCCAACGAGAAAAUCCAGGGCAAACAGGACUACAACAUGGCGGAUGCCAUGCUUAGUCUUGUCCAAAAACAUAACAUUCAAGUCCGCGGCCACAACAUUUUCUGGAACAACCCCCUGAACAUGCCCUCGUGGACGCAUUCUCUUUCACCAGCACAGCUCGCUACAGCUGCAUCGAGAAGGAUAAAUUCGGUGAUGAAUCAAUACUUAGGCCAACUUAUUCACUGGGAUGUUGUGAACGAAAACGUCCAUUUUUCAUUUUUAGAGAACAUACUGGGGAAAAAUGCGUCUGCUGUUUAUUACAAGAAGGCUAAUGAAAUCGAUAGCAAGGCAGUUCCAUUCUUGAAUGAUUUCAAUACAAUUGAACAUGGAUUUGAUGGAACUUCAAAUCCAGCAAAGUACUUGGAAAAAAUUCGAGAUCUUCGAUCCCACGGUUAUAAUGGACCGUUGGGAAUUGGAGUGCAGGGGCAUUUUGUUAAACCAAAUUUACCUUAUAUAAGAUCUUCUCUUGAUAUGCUUGCUUCAGCUGGAUUACCAAUUUGGAUCACCGAGUUAGAUGUUGCAAACACCACCAAUCAGGAGGUAUAUUUGGAAGAAAUCAUAAGGGAGGUUCAUGCACAUCCAGGAGUGAAAGGAAUAAUGAUAUGGGCACCAUGGGGUCCUAAAGGAUGUUACAGAAUGUGUUUGACUGAUAAUAAUUUCAAGAAUUUGGCUACUGGAGAUAUUGUUGACAAGAUUAUUAAAGAAUGGAGUCAUCAAGGUUUUUCUGGUACUACUAAUGAAAAUGGCAUUAUUGAAACUUCACUUUUUCAUGGAGAAUAUCAAGUUGAAAUCAAUCAUCAUGAAAAACAAACAUAUGCCUUGAUGACUCAGAAACUUAAGGUGGAAGCACAAAAGGAUGAAACAAAGGAAAAUUCACAUUACACAAUUUUUGUUUGACACUAUUUACUCUAAAUUAAGUAUUGA